AUGAGUUCGCCCUCGAGCCGCCUGUUCGCCGCCCGGCCUGCGAUGCUGGGGCUGGCCAAGCUCCUCGUUCUCGCGUUCUCUCACCUACCAAUUACGACUGCCGCUCCCGUGUUCUCACCAUUUGUUCUUUCCUCGCGGUCAGAAUCGCCAACCGGAUCUGAUGAGCCGAGUUUAUGGCUUUACUUGGGAGUGUCGGCUGCCCUCGUUUUGAGUGGAGGAGCAUUUGCCGGAUUAACGAUCGCAUUGAUGGGCCAGGAUGAGGUGUACUUGCAAGUGAUUCAGACGUCUGGCGAGGGUUCCGAGAAAAGGAACGCCGCCAGUGUCCUGAACCUUCUAAAGCGAGGGAAACAUUGGGUUCUCGUCACUCUCCUGCUCAGCAAUGUGAUCACAAAUGAAACAUUACCCAUCGUGCUGGAUCGGACGCUCGGUGGUGGUUGGCCGGCGGUGCUGGGUAGUACGGCCCUGAUUGUUAUCUUUGGCGAAGUCGUCCCCCAAUCAAUCUGUGUUCGCUACGGUCUUCCCAUCGGAGCCUGGAUGGCACCCUGUGUGUUGGCUCUGAUGUACAUUAUGUCCCCUGUCGCGUGGCCAGUUGCGAAGCUUCUCGACAAGCUUCUCGGAAAAGACCAUGGCACCAUCUACAAGAAAGCGGGAUUGAAGACGCUAGUCACCCUUCACAAGACGCUGGGGGAGGCCGGAGAGCAAUUGAAUUCGGACGAAGUCACUAUCAUUAGUGCCGUCCUGGACCUGAAGGAAAAGUCCGUUGGAAGCAUUAUGACACCGAUGGAGGAUGUCUUUACCAUGUCCGCCGACACUGUGCUGGACGAUAGCACCAUGGACCUUAUUCUCUCACAAGGGUACUCCCGCAUUCCUAUUCAUGCUCCCGAUAACCAGAUGAACUUUGUCGGCAUGCUUCUCGUCAAAAUGCUUAUCACAUACGAUCCCGAGGACUGCAAACGGGUCCGCGAUUUUGCCUUGGCCACACUACCCGAAACUCGCCCAGAAACCAGCUGCCUGGAUAUUGUCAACUUCUUUCAGGAAGGGAAAUCCCACAUGGUGCUUGUUUCGGAGUAUCCAAGUGAAGACCGUGGUGUUCUCGGAGUAGUCACCUUGGAAGAUGUUAUUGAAGAGUUGAUUGGCGAAGAAAUCAUUGAUGAAUCCGACGUCUUCGUUGAUGUUCAUAAAGCCAUUCGCCGGAUGGCGCCUGCGCCACGAGCUCGCGUCCCAAAGGGCAAGAUUGUUGAAGAACCCCCUUGA